AAAGCGGAGGCAGAACUCAUUUUUGAUCAAUUGUCAAUGUAAGGAUAGCAUCAUCUUCCUCGACACCAAUGUUGCUUCCUUUCUGCAACUUCCAUCCCAUAAACCCUUCUAAAACCCUCUUGAACCCCUCACCAUCACAUUCCCUCUUCUCUAUUACACCCUCUCUUUCUCUAAAACCCUUCUUUCCUCGUAAUUCUCUUCCUGUUUUCGCCACAUCCCCUGAUACUGAAGCUUUACCGGAAUCCGCCAUCCGAAGAAUCGCCGACAAGCUACGCAGUCUUGGAUUUGUUGAACAACCCAAGAAUCAAGAAACCCAAGAAAAUGCUUUGAGUUCUAAUCCCACUGCUAACUCACCCGGUCAAAUUUUCGUUCCUUUGCCUACCCAAUUACCCAAGUACCGCGUGGGUCACACGCUUGACACCAGUUGGAGUACGCCUGAAAACCCAGUACCGCAGCCUGGUUUAGGGAACUCUAUACAGAAGUUUCAUGAAUUGAGGGAUGAGUUCUUGAAGGAGAAGGAAAAGGAGAGGUUGAAGAAUAAGGAGUAUAAGAAAGAGAGAGCGCCUAGUUUGGCGGAGCUUACUUUGCCAGCUGAGGAAUUGAGGAGGCUGAGGACAGUUGGGAUUGCGCUCAGGAAAAAGUUAAAGAUUGGAAAGGCUGGGAUUAGUGAGGGGAUUGUGAAUGGUAUUCAUGAAAGAUGGAGGCGUAUCGAGCUUGUUAAAAUUACGUGCGAGGACAUCUGUAGGUUGAAUAUGAAGAGGACUCAUGAGUUGUUAGAGAAGAAAACUGGAGGUCUUGUUAUAUGGAGAUCUGGAAGUAAUAUAAUUUUGUAUAGAGGAGCUGAUUACAAGUAUCCUUAUUUCUCUGAGAAUAGCUUCGAGAAUAACAGUGCACAAGAUGCUAACCCCGACUUGUUCAUGGGUACGGAAGAGCACAUGACUAACUCAUCUGGCAUAGAUGCGGUAAAAUCUGAUGCAUCGGACAGAAAAUCUUCUCCACGUGUAAUCCAGGGUGUAGGUUCUCCAGACAGAGUCCGAUUUGAAUUGUCUGGAGAGGCAGAACUUACUGAAGAAGCAGACAAGUUGCUGGAAGGACUCGGUCCUCGCUUUAUCGAUUGGUGGGGUUGUGAGCCACUGCCUAUUGAUGCAGAUCUUUUGCCAGCUAUAGUCCCCGGGUACAAGAGACCUUUCCGUCUACUUCCUUAUGGAGUAAAACCUAAAUUGACAAAUGAUGAAAUGACAACACUGAGGAGACUUGGUCGACCUUUGCCUUGCCAUUUUGUAUUAGGAAGAAACAGAAAACUCCAAGGAUUGGCUGCUGCAAUUGUGAAGCUUUGGGAGAAAUGUGAAAUUGCAAAAGUUGCCGUCAAAAGAGGAGUUCAGAACACAAACAGUGAACUGAUGGCGGAAGAGCUAAAGUGGCUGACUGGAGGAACCUUGCUCUCGAGGGAUAGGGAAUUUAUUGUCUUCUACCGAGGGAAGGACUUCUUGCCCUCUGCAGUCUCUUCAGCAAUAGAAGAACGGAGAAAGCAAGUUUUUGAAGAGGAAAAGCGGAAUGGUUUUAAUUCAUCAGUAGCAAAUGCUAAGGAAAGGAAACAAUCCACUACGGGAAGUGUUUCCGAUGAUGGACAUGCACACAGAGAUAACCAGAAAGGUGUCCUAGAAAAAAAGAAACUUACUUCCAUGGAAGCUGCUAUCAAGAGAACUGCAGAUAAAUUGACCACUGCAUUGGAAAAGAAAGCCGAGGCAGAGAAGCUCCUUCUGGAGCUUGAGGAGGAUGAGGUGCCACAACAAUCUGAUAUGGACAAAGAGGGAAUAACUGAAGAAGAAAGAUUCAUGUUGAGGAAGAUUGGCUUGAGAAUGAAGCCUUUCUUACUUCUUGGUAGGCGGGGAGUCUUUGAUGGAACAGUCGAGAACAUGCACCUUCAUUGGAAGUAUAGGGAAUUGGUGAAGGUAAUAACAGGGAGGAAAAACAUUGAAGAGGUCCACCAAAUAGCUAGGAUGUUAGAGGCAGAGAGUGGGGGAAUACUAGUUGCUGUUGAGCGAGUUAAUAAGGGUUAUGCGAUCAUUGUGUACCGAGGAAAGAACUACGAAAGGCCUGCUUCGUUGAGGCCUCAGACUCUUCUAAGUAAAAGAGAAGCAAUGAAGCGCUCUAUAGAGGCUCAGCGACGUCAGUCAUUGAAAUUACAUGUCUUAAAGCUUACACAAAAUAUAGAGGCUUUGCAGUCACGGUUGGCCAAAAAUGAGGAGAUAAGUCAUAUUCAGUCACCGGAUAUAGUUGAUAGGCAGGUACCAGUGACGGGAAUAUCAGAUGCUGCAGGCGAAACUAAUUACCAGUCUAGUUUAGCAAGUCCUACUGAGGAUUCUGGAGAUGCUGCAGAAGACACUGAUCCCAGUUCUCAGAAAGAAUUAUCAAGUGAUUUCUCGGACACAGACCACAAUUCUCAGCAAGAAUUUCCAAUUGAUCCGUUUUUCCAAUAUGAGGGCAAGGUUGAGGCUAUGGGUGAUACAAUUCAACCUCAGCAUCAAUCUAUUUCAUCAAUCAAAGAGUCGAAAAGUAUGUUCAAUGUGAAUGUGGAUCAAGAAACAUUCAGCAGUGUAGUGAGUGAAUCUGUUUCUAAGUCUUCCAGGGGAGAAGUUAAGAUCCACUUUUCUGAGACCAGAAGUUUCAACAGAACUCGGGAAGUUGACAAUAAAAUGGAGGUGUCUCAACCUCCUGUAAAACCUCAACAAGCACUUAGAUCCACCCGGGGUAGGUCCGAAGGGAUGCCUACCAGAAGAGUACAGCUUUCCAACAGGGAGAGGUUGCUUCUCAGAAAACAAGCCCUCAAGAUGAAGAAGCAACCAGUGCUUGCUGUUGGGAGGAGCAAUAUUGUUACUGGAGUUGCAAAAAAUAUCAAAGAACACUUUAAGAAGUAUCCUCUUGCGAUUGUGAAUGUCAAAGGAAGGGCAAAAGGGACUUCAGUUAGGGAGGUGGUUUUUAAGCUGGAGCAAGCUACAGGUGCUGUUCUUGUUUCUCAAGAGCCAAGCAAAGUCAUAUUAUAUAGAGGUUGGGGACCAGGUGGAGAGCGUGGUGCUUCUAAUGGAAAUGACACCAGUAAUUCGAAAAACAGCAGAGAGCAGAAGGAACUAAUGUCAAUAUCUCCUGAACUUAUAUCAGCAAUCAGACUUGAAUGUGGCUUGCCGUACAACAAUGAUAUGGAAGUUGCUUCAUAGGCAACAACCUUGGUAAAAGGGAAGUUGCCAGUUGGUUUUUUCAGGUUCAAAGCCUUGAGCUCUCAUCUAACAACGCUUUUGUGCCCCCGAUGAUGGUCUCUGAAUUGUCUGUGCAUGCAUCUAACAAUUGCUUUUUUGGUGUGGAGUUGGAAUCUAAAUUGUGCAUCACCUCUCCCAUACAAAUGAAAGGGAAUCGGCUGCCACCAAACUUCUCUCCUUGCAGAAUUUCAGUAGCUGGAAUAAGUUCCACAUGAUAAUUCCUGUCCCAUGGUCAUUGUGCAUCAACUGGAGAGAUUCUGUAUGUCAGUUAAGUGGCGCUGCUAAUUUAAUUGUUUUCGAACAAGCUCCAUCUUUUUUGGUUUUGGAUAGGCUCUAUCACUUCUCAAUUAUCCCUACUUGCUGACCUACAUUUUAUGUAAAUAGAAGUUCCAAUUCAAAAGAACGCAUCUAUUACCAUGUCAUCUAUUUAAUUUUCCCUAGUAACAAAAAAGACACAUGUUACACAUC